AUGGCCCGAGUUGCGAGGAGAGCUGCGUCGGUUGCGGCCUGGCGCGCCCCCAGCCGGGCCAUCCAGAGGAGAGCUCGAAAGCACAAGGUUAUUAUGGAGUCUGUGACUCAGGAGAAGAAAAAACUGCGAAGUGUUCUCUGUUUUGAGGCGAAAGCACCCAUGGGUUAUACUUUCAUCCCCGCAGGAAACCCCAUUUUGACUACAGCUUGCAAAGAGAGAUGUAGGAAAGAAGGUUCUCAGAUACAUGCCGUCUCGACAACCCCUCAUAUGCACACUCACAACCUCUCCCAACAUGUCCACCGCAUAGGGUAUCAUUUCCCAAGCACAGUGGUCGCAGCAGUAUGCUCAGAGCUCGGAUUGUACCUCACCAGUGCAGGAAAGGCGGUCUCCUUCCACACGCUUGGCACUCAAGAGGCUCCCCGCCCACCGGACUCCGAGGUCUCCCAAGAGGUGAUCAAUACAGAGGCAAGGGACGCGAUUAAGGAUCUGUUUCCCAAUAUUCCAGACAAAGAUCUGUUUCAGAUCAUUAAAACUUCAUUCCAAAAGGGUCAACGCAAAGUUGGUACAGCACCGGAACUACCUUUAGCUCGCCGAGCACAGUUGGCAGUAGUGGCCCAUGUCCGCCAUCUCUACACUGAUUAUGACCGGCUUCUUAAACAGGGGUCAUUCCAGGAGGCCAGGUCUGAGGUCGAGCAGCCCACUCUGGCAAAGGUUGUUGCAUGGCGUGGCGACGAUGAGAAUGGUCAGACUGUCCUGGAAGAUGUUUUCCGGGAGGUCAUCGUAAUAUCAGACGAUGAAGAAAGUGAAACCGAAGAAGAAUCCACCACUACCAGAGACGCCCGAGACUACAGCGUGGAAAUUCUUUCGAAUACAGCCAAGGCCCAUGAGAUCCAGACCCAACCUAUAAGCGCUGAGUUUGUACUCGGCCAAAAUCACACCCGGGAGCCCUCCGAGGAGGCGCCACCUGGCUUCCGGGUCAUCCCCAGGAUCUCCACGCAGAAGAACGUCGACCGGCGAGGAUUUACCAGAUACAGAUACCAAGCCUGGAAUCGUGCAUUGCAUAAAUAUGGAGUUAAGGCUCAACACACCGAGCAACCCCGGCUUGGUGACGUCUCACCGGAGCAGCAAAGUCCUCGAUAUGCAAAAAGACCCGCAGCCACACAAGAGAAUCUAGAGCCCCCAAGGCGCCGAGAAAUUCCUAAUCAUUCCGUGGAACCCACCUCUAGAGUCAUUUCAGGUCCCCUCUAUGGAGAAACACCAGUUCAGCGACCACCUGCUGGCAGGAGUCACGUAGGCACUAUGGAAAGGCGUGUCCCAUUAGAAAGCGAAGGCCUAUUCUCUCAGCCUGUAUUCUCUCAGCCUGGGACAAUGGGAAGGCCUCCAGUACUAAUAACACAGAACUCACAUACGAUACGCCCUAUCGACACAAACCCUCGCUGGAACGUUCAUACCUUCAACCCUCAAGGUAAAUCUCAGCCGGUUGUUGAUUCAACACGGCCUGAACGGAUUUCUAUGCCAUCACAUGACCGAGUUAAUGCACCUGUGUUUGUGAGCGGGCCAAAAGAAUUGCAACCGAACCAUGAGGGCCAAUUUGGUGCUAUGACUGAACCUCUGCUACCAUCUCAGGCCAGACCAGGAGCAUUUACUCAGGAUCGUGUUCUCCCAUCCAUUGAAGCUCCCUGGCCCUUGGAAAAACGGCGGGUUGAAUCCCGUUUAGAGCACUUGACUAAAAGAAUGUCGCUUCGUUCUGUAACCCCAGUCCAUUCACAAGAAGAGAAUCAUGGCAGUGGCGCCGGCCCAGGUAGCCCGGACGAUCCAAACUGCAAGAGGAGAAGAUUGGCUUACUACGCUGGUCCUCAGUCCGACUCUCGCUCCGAUGCUCGGAUUGCAAGACCCACUGGAGUGCCAGUUUCUGAAGGACAGGGGCCAAGAGUGCAAUAUCGCCGUGAUGAACCCGGACCCGAGUAUCGUUCUCAGGAUGUGCAAUAUCUCCGUCGAGACCAAGUCCCUUCAGGGGAACAGCCUUUGCUUACAGGACACCAGCGUGAAAGACAACCUGGUCCCUUUGUUCCACAGAUCAUCGGCCUGGAUACUAGACGGGAAUUGGAUCGCCCACAUCUCCCGGAACCACCAGGGCAAAACUCCAUGCACUCCUUCCAACCCUUUCUUGGACCCAGUGAUAUGAUGACAGCAUUCAGACCGGUCCCGGACGUCUCUCGGCCCGAAGUUCGCUCGUACUAUGGUGAUCGUAGCCCCCACAUGAACCAUGUCCGUCAUUCAACCCUUGAGGAAUUGCGCCCAUCAAACUGGAACCCCCGUAUUGAUGGAGACCGUCCCAUGGCCUAUACCGCCCCCCUUGGAAAACAAUACGCCAAUGGAUUUGUUCGUUCCGUUGAUGUUCGCGAUGUGCGUCCGGUUGAUUAUCUCGUGGCACGCCCACGACCUCAAUUUACUCGUGGAGGAGAAAACCUCAUCCCGCCGAGCAGGGCCAGGAUUCCCGACCAAGCACUUGCCCAGGAUCUUCUCCAGUCUCGAGCCUUUUCAGAGCAACGCCUGCCAAGUCCACGAGCGACGCAUAGCUCUCACCAGAUAUCCAACCAUCUAGAGACUGCUCCUGGGAGUCGCCAACCCCAAGGGCGUAUCCCCAGUUCCCGGGAAAGACGGCCUGGCAGCGGGCUUAGCACCACGCGACGCAUGCAUGAUCCCCGAACUUUUCAGAUGGCGGAGCAGAACCGCCCUAUCUACGUGCAACGAGUUGAAUCACAGCCACCUCAGUAUCCCAUGUCAGACGGAAGACCUGUGAUCAUUGUGGAUUGA